AUGCCUACCUAUGAUCUAGCAAUGAGUUUCCUCGAUGCAUACGCAAAGGCGCUAGAUGCUAUGCAACACAUUGUACACAUUGACAGCACUCGUGAUGCGGUCAAUCGGGCUUACAGUGAUCUGGAAGCCGGGCGUGAAGUUGAUCCAGGAAUACUCUGCCUUAUUCUGGGGAUUUGUGCUUGCCUGACAUUCUACUGGUCUACCACGGGCCGAUCUUGGGGCACUGAACUGUUCCACGAAUUGGAGCCAGCUCACAAGGCGGCUGCUCACUGGGCAGAGCAAGGACUAUAUGCGAUGCAGCAGAUGCAUCUCGCGACUGCCUCGUACACUAUCGAAAGCGUCCAAGGCAUGAUCAUGCUGACAUUCCUCUUCUAUCAUAUAGAGGGGUUCACAGCACGAGUUGGGCUAAUGCACUCUUCUGCGAUAACCAUGGCUCGCUCUCUUGGCCUUCACAGGACUGACAGCCCUCAAGCAGCGACUGCGAAUUUGAGUCAAGCAGAAACCAUCACCAAAGAAGUGCAACGAAAGGUCUGGUGGCACUUGGCGUGCACAGACUGGCUUCUAGCAUUCAUGGGAGGCCCUCAAGAGGGCACAUAUACCAUCCGCACCAUGCAUAGGAUUCGGCUUGCGACCACUUGCCGCGAAAUUGCAGACGAUCUAUGGACCAAACUCCAGUUUACCGAUCCCAGCGACAUUGACCCUCAGACGAUACUCGCUCUUGACCUGAAAUUUGAAUCUCAGACACGUGAACUUCCACAUUUCAUGCGUCUGGACACUUCAUUAGCACAGCUGAAGGAAUCAUACGGAGAGCACGCGGCAACAGCAAUGGACGCUCAGCGAUUGCUGAUACAUUUGAUGCUUAAUACAAGACGCUGCAAGCUGCACAUGCCUUUUCUUGUUAGAGUGAAAACGCAUCCGUGUUUUGCAGCAUCUCGUGCUGCCGGUUUGCAGGCUGCGCGUACCGUAUUUGAGGCUCGUCGGCACGCCAUACAGAACGACAAGUCACUGGUAGCACAGAAAUUACGACUUGGUGGCCUACUACAGCAUCUCUUCCUUGCCACAAUCGUGCUAGUGAUGGACCUGUGCAUCAACAGGGAUGAGAUCAAUGGCGCAACACUCGUAGAGGUGCGCGAGAGUCUCCAGAUAAUGGACGACGCAAAAGAGUCCUCGCCCAUAGGCCGACGCUUUCACGAAUCUCUCCUAAACGUACUCCGGAAACACAAUGUGGUCUUGCCCAACACAACUCAACAAGCCCACAGUCUCGGACCUACCGAGACAGCUGCCAACGGCUCCAACGGCAUAUCUGUUGACCUUCCCAACGGGUUCCCAGGUAUGGAAGCCAAUGAUAUCGAUUUCGACAGCAUGUGGCAAGACUUUAUGAAUGCUGGCCCGACGCUCGACGCUCAGACCUGGGAUGCUAUCCUAUCCGACCUCGACAUGCAGCCGAUAUGA